GAAUAACGAGCCGGUAGACGACCGAUAAUUCCCAGCUGCUGAAUUGGAUCUCAGUUGUGUUUCCAUCAGUGUACAUACUCGAGAGAUAGAAAAUUUAAUGACGAAAACCUGUUUGGUACACGUCCCGUACAGAAAACAACAAUUGCUCGUCCACGUUGACCACUGGGUAUAAAAGGAGGCCGACCAUCAUCCCGUAUUUAUCAGUCGUAUAACAGCAGCAGCAACAGAAUAUUGAGAGUUAUAAUCCUUGACCUGUAACCUUUGUUAACCUUGACCUUUAGCAGGAUGGCUAAUAUUCCUCCGAAAAAGUUUGUGGAACCGAUUCCCAACGCGCAAGUUGGAACUCCGGCCGUUCCACCCCCACCGGAACAUCUGAGCGAGAAGGAACGCAUGAUGCAGGGUUAUCCAUACCAAACAUGGGAUCCCGAGUUGGUUGAGGGACGUCGAAACGCCCACGAGAUGAAUCGUCGCUUUAAUGAGACCCCGUCCGACGCGGUGGUGCAAAGGAGGGAAAUUAUUAACUCGUACUUACAUCCAGAUUGUAAGGAUAGGCCGAGUAUCCACAUAGAACCACCAUUUCGUUGUGAUUACGGCUACAAUGUCCGCGUGGGUAAUAACUUUUAUGCGAACUGGGACUGCGCCAUCCUGGACUCGGCGAUGGUCGAUAUUGGCGACGAUUGUCUGCUCGCGCCUGGUGUCCACAUGUACACCGCGACACAUCCGCUUGACCCAUUUCCGAGAAGGGAUGCUGGUACGUCGACAUACUACGAGCUGGCAUUUCCUAUAAAAAUCGGAAACACGUGUUGGAUCGGGGGACGCUCCGUGAUCUGUCCGGGGGUCACGAUUGGGGACAAUGUCGUCGUGGGGGCGGGAUCCGUGGUGACGAAGGACGUUCCAAGCAAUGUCGUCGUAGCUGGGAACCCUGCCAAAAUUAUCAGAUAUCUUGACGGGGCUGAAGUACCGCCACAUAUUGCGAACAAGAACAAGAAGUAGUCGAUUUUUCAAAUGACAAAUUCGCAAUAAUGCAAUUUUAUUGUUGAUAAGUUGUUAAGUAUGAAGGAUUAAAACAAGUCUGGAAAAACUGCUGAAAAAAUUA